AGCUUCAACAGGAAGCCGGAGACGAACGGCGAUGAGGAGAGAGUCACAGAGAACAAGCCCUGACCCGCAGAGAGACAAGGAAGCGAAGCAGGGCGAGGGGGGGAAGAGAGAGACAGAGAGAGAGAAGGGGGCGGAGAAGACAGAGACAGAGGGAGACGUCUGUCUACGUCUGGGCAUCCCAAGAUCAGCGCCCUGUCAGAGACACGCGGUCCCGGGGUUGACAUCUAAUUCAAGGGCUCACCGGCCAAACAACGGCCGCAGGGGGGGAAAUGAAGGAAUUCCAAUCACGCCUGGAAGCUGCCUGUCGGUGAGGUGUGAUCGCUGUCCGCUCCACUGGGCGGUGAAGUUUCACCCAGAAGCUGCAAUUUCAGAAAUGUUUUGCUCUUCUUCAAAGGAACCCCGGUGAAAGCACUGAGUUUGGUUUGGAGAUGUCUACAGCCACAGGGCAAGUUCUUGUUCAGGUUGAAUAUAACUAUCAAUAUACGGCACGGGAUGGGAGACUCAUCUCUAUUAACCAAAACGAGAUAUACAUUCUCCUUUCAAGAACCAAUGACCACUGGUGGCACGUUAAGAAGGACAACCAAUCUAAACCAUUCUACUUGCCAGCACACUAUGUGAGGGAAUUGGCUACGGAAAGGGCUGUUUCCCCUGUCAUUCCUUCCCUGGUGGCACCCGACGAUAAUCAAAACCAAAAUAUUGGAGAGGUGAGCAGGACUCAAAGUAUCUUUAAAAACCAUUGGGAUGUUGGGAAAGAUCAGGUACAUUACCAAGAGAAACAAGGGCACAGAGAUGACAAUUCCCACCCAAUUGUGGAGAAAGAAAACCAGCCUAACAUAAGUCCAACUAAACCCAAGGAUUCUUCAUUGUGUCUACGAAUCAAUGACAACUCUCCUACACACCUUCGCUUAAAUCCUUCACAGUGCUCUGAUGUGUCACCAGAUUUGACAUUAUGUUACAGUGAAGUGAACAGAGCCUUUGCAAAGAAUAAAGAAUCCAUUAAUAAAAGGUUGAUCUCUACCGGUGCACCAAAGCAAAGUUCCACAGUCAGGAUCCGCUCCAAACAUCAAGAGAAUUAUGCACAUAGACUUAGCCUAGGAAUGCUCCACCCUGCACAGCUAGCAGUUCAUCCAGGAGAUCUCGGUCUUAACCUUGGACUCAAUAAGGCAAAAGAUACUGGGUCUUCAGAAAAAGUCAAUUCCGUUCGAUGUUCCAGCUUUAGCCACGGAGUCACUUCUAAACGGCAUUCGAAUGUAGAAAUCGCUGGUGAGAUAUUGGGACAUACAAAGGUGGUGGAAACAAAGAACUCGUCCCUUCCUCGAGCACGACCUUCAGAUAAUGAAAAUGUUUAUGAAUCAAUACCAGACCUAUCAAAGCCAAAGACUAAAUCACGAAAGGAAAAGUGUCAUGAUAUAUCAAAGAUUUUCAACGAGAAGCCCGAGUCGGUGUAUCAGAAUGUUGGCCAGCUGAAGCAAGAGUUUUCAGAGGAACCAUCAGUUCCCAGCACCGGCGUAACCACUCAGCAGGAGGAAUGGGAAACCCACAUUGACCAGAGGAGUGGGCUACACUUCUACUAUAACGCAGUGACGAGUGAGACCACCUGGGACUGUCCGUUCACCAGCCCUGACGACAGCGAGCAGCCAACCCCUUCUUCCCGCAGUUCCAGUACAAGUGUUCCCUUGGACGGAUGGGAAUCGCUCUUCGAUGACGUUAGUGGCCAGCCCUAUUACUACAAUCCAGCAACUGGGGAGACGACGUGGGAACCACCAGGAGAACCAGAGGCAGAGGUGAUGGAGCGUGGGGGUGCACUCCCAGACCAGAGGCCUCCCACUCCAAAAGAAGAUUAUCCAGAGAUAAUUGUGGGGAGCCCUCCUGGAUAUCUGGGUCAUCGACGGCAACCUUCCAACUGGUCACAGGAAGAUUACAGCGAGCCACAGUCACCGAUGGAUAUGCCUGUAUACCAGUCCAUUGAUCCAAAGGCUCCACGAGGCUGGUUUAUAGAGUUGGACGAAGAAGGGCAGACGCUUUACACAAGUGAAGUUACCCACACAAAAUGGAUCAGGCACACAGAUGCCAGUGGGAAGUUUUAUUAUUAUAACCCAGAUGAAGAUAAAUCAGUGUGGGAACUUCCACAGUAUGAAGCUCCGUCAAAUCAACAUAGUGCCGGAAAUGGAAUGGACCAAGAGGGAAAUUUGGUUUUCACACACUGGCGCCAUGGCCAGUCACUGAAAAUUAUUCGCUCUGACACUGAGGAGAAGGCGUUAUUUCCUACCCAUAGACGAAAUGCGUCUGACUUUAGUGCUGAGCUUGCACUUGGGCAGCGCGUUGAGAUGCUGCUCCCACACUCCCAAUCGCUGGACAAAGCUGGAAUUUUAAACAAAGCCAAGGUGGCAGAUAACGGCAAGCGCAUCAGGAAGAACUGGGCGUCAUCCUGGACUGUUCUGCAGGGGGGAAUACUGACAUUUUACAAAGAUCCCAAGAAUCAGUCUGCAGGGAGCCUGAAACAAGCUAUUGGCCAGAUUAUACCUGAAUAUACGGUUGAACUGAAAGGAGCAACAGUCGGAUGGGCGACAAAGGACAAGUCGAGUAAAAAGAAUGUGUUAGAGUUGAAAACAAGAGGAGGUUCAGAGUACCUCAUACAAUAUGACAUAGACUCUGUCAUUGGAGACUGGUAUAAGAUGAUCAAUGAGUGUAUCCUCCAAACGAUGGACCCAGUGAACACAGAAGAGGUUGACUCUCCUUAUGACAUAGCCGUUCCAGAGAGGCUCAACAACAAAGAGAAGGAGGAGAAGCGAAAUCGCUCUGUCUACAAGAACCCUGUGGUCAGCACCGAAACUGCGGACACCAAGAAAAUAAAAACCAAACUAAAGAAGUUCCUACAGCGGAGACCUACGCUGCAGACUGUGAGGGACAAAGGUUAUAUCCAAGACCAGGUAUUUGGCUGUGAGUUGGCGGACCUGUGCCGAAGAGAGGGCACCACGUUGCCACACUUUGUGCAGAAAUGCAUCCAGGAUGUUGAGAGACGAGGUUUGGACAUUGAUGGUUUGUACCGAGUCAGUGGGAAUCUGGCUGUCAUUCAGAAACUGCGGUUCAAUAUCAAUCACGAUGAGAAUGUGAACCUUGAGGAGGGCCCAUGGGAUGAUGUUCACGUUAUCACGGGGGCUUUGAAACUCUUCUUCAGGGAGCUGCCGGAGCCACUCUUUCCAUUCAACUACUUCAACAAUUUCAUUGCCGCAAUCAAACUGGAUCCUGCUCAGCGUUUGGGCUACAUGAAGGAAUUAAUCAAUUCACUCCCUGCACCGAACCACGACACCAUGCAAGUUCUCUUCAGACACCUGCGCAAUGUGGUAGACGAUCAGAAUCAGAAUCGGAUGACGUCACAGAGCAUGGCCAUCGUGUUUGGCCCCACCCUUCUGAAACCUGAAGUAGAAACGGGAAACAUGGCAGUCCACAUGGUCUACCAAAACCAGAUUGUUGAGUUUAUCCUUAAUCAGUACCAGAAUCUCUUCAAUGAAAACCAGGAGUUGGCGGGUAUCAGAUGAGCAACGGUGUGAGUGGCCCAGUGUGUGUGUGUGUGUGUACAUAGUGAAAUGAGACAGAGAUGUCUGCAAGCACUAGAUCCAGCAAACUUGGCCAUGACAAAGACUAUACUUCAAGACACGAUCUAUUUCAACUUCAAGACAAGCCCAGUCAAGAAAUUAUUCAAAGUAGAUUAAAAUGGGUGAACAUUUCGGACACAGACCCAUGUAAAUCAGCCUUCACCUGCAGGUGAAGAGAUGCCAUGCCGCCUACAAGAUCCUCCUGGGAGCCACAUCUGGAUGUUUCUGUCUGCAGCUGUUUCUCUCUGUGUAAUUGUGGUUUCUGGGACUUGACUUAAUAGGAAGUGCUUGCAAUGAAUCUGCACACAGCACUUUAACACAUGCUUCUCUCUCUCUGUUGCUCAAGACAUCUUUAUAUAAGACCUGACACCAUUGAUAAGGAAACUUAUCAGUCAAAGGCUGAUGGUGAUUUGUGUUCAUGAAGCUUUCAUUCUGCUGGGUGAGAUUGUACUAAAGUUAAGAUGCAUGUUUUUUUUUUUUUAAAUGCAAUUGAAAUGGGACAAAGUUAACACUGGAGAUUAAGUCUGGCAUGAGUUGCUGAAACCCACAAUGUGAAGUGAUUCUGAUGACUCUGAUAGCAAAGCAAGUGAGGGAUUAUGUGAGUGGUUGUUUGUUCAGGAUGUCCAAGUCCUCCGUUAGCCUAAAUACUCAGUAUCUUCUGACCCUUUAGACCAAAGAAGAAAGUUUACUCAAACAAGAAAAAUACUGACAAAUAGGUGAGAAUGUAAAAUUGAGAAUAGACAACACUGGGCUUGAGAAACCAGGACAGACAGUGCAAUGAGCAAACUUGUUCCCCUAACUCCAAUUAACCAGCAAGCAUUUUUGUUUUAAAAGAUGGAAUAUAUUUUUUAAGGCCAAACUCCAUUGUGCAGGACACCACGGAAUGCUGAGGUGAGGUAAAUUAUCAAUGGGUUUAGAAUACAGGAGAAGGGUUUUGGACUGAGGAAUUUAAUCCCUGAAGUCCUAGUUAAGGAUGAACUGGAUUAGCAAAAGAAUAGCUGACACCACACUCCUUUAUUCCAUGUCAUUAGAAUAUCUCCAGUAAUGCUCCCGUCCAGUAAUGCCAAUCAUAAAUGAAUUCUUAAUCUGCAUCUGACAUUAAGGUUGAAAAAGGAUGAAUGCCUGACUCUGUAUCUCCAAUGAGAAGCCUUGGCCUCAACAUUGAGUGUGCCAAUUCAUUCCCCUUGUUGUUUGUCAUUAUAGCAGAAUAUUGCUAAUGGAGCAUUACAAUUGAAUAAUGUCACAUAGGAUGGAUUAUUGGGAGGUGCCCAGGAAAUCUAUAGUUUUGUGGGGUUAAAGGAUACAGUUGUAUGCUUUGAUCACUUGCACUGAAUGUCCAAUUCACUAGUGUAUUUGUGGCUACUUGGAGUGCUUCCAAAAUCCAGGUCCAUUGUGAUAGUGAAUUGUGGAAACAGCAACAGACUACAGCCACUGUUUUAUUGCAUGUUCAGCAGAUAGAUAAAUAGACAAUAGAUGCAGGAUUCGGCCAUUUGGCCCUUCGAGCCAGCACCGCCAUUCAAUGUGAUCAUGGCUGAUCAGACACAAUUAGUACUGCGUUCUUGCCUUCUCCCCAUAACCCUUGAUUCCGCUAGCCCUAAAAGCUCUAUCUAACUCUCUUUUGAAUGCAUCCAGUGAAUCGGCCUCCACUGCCUUCUGAGGCGGAGAAUUCCACAAAUUCACAACUCUCUGUGAAAAAGAUUUUCCUCUGUUCUAAAUGGAUUUUUCCUCUAUUCUUAAACUGUGGUCCCAAUGGCUGGUUUGUGCCGUGCACAAGCUUUUUUUUUUAUAAAGUAAAAGUGCCCAAAUGAGGGAAAGUUACAACAAGGCAUUCAGAGUGUGAAUGUGAAUGGGGAUACAAGCUGGAGAAUGAUGGGUGGAAUCAAACCAAAAGUGAUCAGAAAUGAAAAAAAACCUUAUGGUGGAAUGAAUUAGCAGAAGAAAUUUGGAUGGGUUUAAUGAAGUGCAGCCGCACUGCUCAUGUACACUGCUGAGAUCACCACUGUUGGAGCUCUGUGCACAUGGACCAACACACACAUUGCUGCCUUGUGCAUAUGUUUUAUACAUUAGAGGAGGCCAGACAGAAGAGUACAUUUGGCCUCCACUGCCCUCUGUGGAAUUCCCUGCCACAGAGGGCAGUGGAGGCCAAAUCACUGGAUGGAUUUAAGAGAGAGUUAGAUAGAGCUCGAGGGGCUAGUGGAAUCAAGGGAUGUGGGGAGAAGGCAGGCACGGGUUAUUGAUUGGGGACGAUCAGCCAUGAUCACAAUGAAUGGUGGUGUUGGCUCGAAGGGCCGAAUGGCCUCCUCCUGCACCUAUUUUCUAUGUUUCUACAUCGCAAAGCAUUGACCAGAAACGUGGCCAGGAAUAUGACCUUGUAGUGAGCUGACAUGUUACAGUCCCUGAUGCAAACUCCUCCACACUGUUAGAUGGUCUGGCAUUAAUCACUCUAAAACGAUUAAAGUUGGAAACUUGGUUUAUUCUCCUUUCCUCACUUCCAUUCACGAGUAUGGAAUGUUGUAUCCCCCAUUGACCGACAAGGCCUUUUGCACAGUAAACAUUAAGGAUGGGAGCAAUCUGAGAGAUGGAAAACUCGAAUAGUUUCCCUUUUUUUAAAUGUUCCACUUUCUUUAAUAAAAAUUGGUACUCUGGUGAAGAUUAUCCCAAUUAAAUGGAAAGAUUAAAUGGAAAAAUACUUACAAACCAAAAUUAAAUUCAGCGGAAAAUCUUGAUUUAAUUACUGUAAGAUCUGCCUUGGCUCCCCAUGCAAGGAUAAUAGAAUGAUGGAACAAUCUGUUCUUUAACCUGGUUUUGUGCAUCAUGGCUAACACCCAGUACAAUAACUUCAUCAAAUUGUCAUUUGGUAGAGUUGUUACAUCAUGUGUACAACUCUUAACCAUCAUUUCUGCAAUAAGGAACCAUUUUACAUGUUACUGAGACAAGUGGCUUUGUAAGCGGGUAAUAUUGAGGUUUGCUGCACAUUUUCUUGGGAUUAAUUUUAAUCCUACUUAAAACUCAAAUCCCUUAAAACUCAAAGGUAUGUUUUUGGCAAUGUGCAGUUUGCUUCUGCUAAUUUGCUUAUUUAAUGUUUGUGCCUGCUUCCUGCAUUCCUUCAGAGCCUAUGCUUUUGAACACUGUAAAUAGCUUUGAGAAAGAGACUCAAAGGUAUGUAUAUUAUUUAAAAUCAAUACAAACUGGAUCUGGGUUUGUUGUUUUAAGAAUAGUUUUAUAGCAUUAACUCUGAAAUUGCUGGUUUUGAAUGCAAUGAAGUCUCCAGCCUCUGCUCGUACAGUAGUCGUUGGUGUCGGAUGUUUUAAAACUUUAACUAUGGUGCUGGACACCUGACAAGAAUUAAAGCUUGAAAUCCUGCUCUUAAUAUGAUGAAUUUAAUGUCCAGCAAUAAAAUACCAAAUGUGAUCAAUUUAUGCUUCCAAGAUGGUGCCCAACCCAGGCGACCAUUUGCAUGCUAGCCACAGACACAGGUCUACCAUCACAUAUUACAAUCACUCCACAUUCUCCAAUCUCUUUAUGCCGCUGUCCCACUUGGGAAACCUGAACGGACACCUCUGGAGACUUUGGGCCCCACCCAAGGCUUCCGCGCUGUUCCCGGAGGUUGCAGGUGGUGGAAGCAGGUAGGGUGACUGACAAAAACCACUGGGAACCUUCAGGGAACCGCACGGAAACCUUUGGUGGGGCGCAGAGUCUCCAGAGGUUUCCGUUCAGGUUUCCUAAGUGGGACAAGGGGUUACACUGUAAAUGGCUCUAUUGUAAUCAUGUAUUGACUUUCUGCUGACUGGUUUAGCACGCAACAAAAAGCUUUUCAAUGUACCUGACAAUAAACUAAACUGAACUGAGAUAUCCAGUGUGGGCAAAGGGAAGAGAUUAAUUUUCCACACUGUGUCCAUGCGUGUGUGUGUGAGGGCCUCUUGUAUGUUCAGAAUCUGCCACCCACCUCUUUGUCCAUUUUACAGCAGCUUCUCUGCUCCCUGCAAACGCAUGAUCCCAGCUUCUGUUCUCAAGUUUGGGGAGGUUCCUCAGAUCGGGGGAUGACAGCCUCCAUUCCCCUCUCUCUAGUAACACUGGAUACUUCCUCAAGUCACGGUACUCAGGCCCACUUGGGGGGAGGGGGGGGGGGGAACUACUUUGCCCCUGUGCCUCUCUCUCAGCUCCGCAGAUCCUCCAGAGAUCUGCAGCUUGCUGGUGCCUUCAGUCUAUCCCCAAAGCUCCACCCUUCAUUUCCCACUUGUGUCCCCCCACGCUCCAGCGGUGCCCUGCACCCCAUUGCCAUACAACAUUUGUGGCAUCUCUUCAGCCUGUAAAAGACGAGCAGCUCCCUCAGCCUUCCUGUCUCACCCCUCAUCCCUGCUCUUCCCACUUCAUAAAGUGCACUAAGACUUCUCAAUUUAAAUACAUGUUCUUGUACAUACAUUAAAAAAAGUAUUGAUCAGAAAUUGUAGCUUCAGCUCUCAUUUUCCACCUGAUGAUUCUAUCUGGUACCUCUGCUGUAACAUGAAUGUAUAUUAAUAAGCAAUGACAUUAUUGGAGAUUGCACAGGUUAUGUACAAUAUCUUUUUUUCCAUUAAUAAAGAAAUGGAGAUGUUAUACCAUUUAAAAG